CAAGAAUGUGGGAUGUGAGGCCGUUUGCACCACAAGAACGUUGCAAUUUGCUGAAAUGUUCGUGGUAUGAUGACGGUAAACGAGUUACGGCUGGUUCAAGUGAUCGAUUUGCUUAUGUGUGGGAUGCCUCGUCUCGAUAUAUACUUUAUAAAUUGCCAGGACAUCUAGGAUCAGUUAAUGCCUCCGAUUUGCAUCCGACUGAACCCAUAUGUAAGUCUUCAAGGUCCUUGUCUUUCCAUUGA